UGAAGCCCUGGGCCCUGGGCUCGCAGUGAUUAUUGCAGGUGAGCUGCGAUCGAACCUCGCGCGCAAGGUGCACUGGGCGUCGUCCAAGGCCACGGCCUGGGAGGCCUUCGAGGACCGCGGCGAGGACCACUUCGCGCAAACGAUGCUCGUCCAGAUCCAGCACCUGGACGACGCCCACGCGCUGCUGUGCGAGAGCUCGCUCAGCCUGACGGACCGCUUUGGCGCCGUGCUUCUGGUGGACGUGCUCAACCUGCUGCUGCACUUCGUGGCCACGGCCUACUUCUUCUUCACGGGGCUGCUCCUGAAGACGUCGCCGCUCUCCGGCUCCUACGUGGCCAUGCAGGCCUUCUGGCUGGCCGCGCACCUCAGCCGCCUGCUGCUGCUCGUGUGGUCCUGCUCCAAGGCCAAGCAGGAGGCCAACCGCACCGGGGCGCUGAUCGGCAUGUUCAUGAACAACAUCCCGGCGAACAGUGCUCUCCGAAGACAGCUCGAGAUGUUCACCAUGCAGCUCAUGCACCACCGCGUCACCUUCAGCGCGUGCGGCUUGUUCGAACUCGAACUGCCGCUGGUCGUCAACGUCCUCGGCUCCGUGACAACGUACUUGGUCGUACUCUUACAGCUGAAGGGACCUUCGAGCAACUCUAUAGCGUCUUCUCAACAAAGAAAAUGACUUCGAGCCAUUGCACCAAAAACGGAACUGAGCUGAAUUUUUUUGUCACCAUUUUACACCGUGCCGGGAAGGUAGACCUCUCUUUUGUCACGUCAUGGAAGAAGUGCAUAACAAGGCACCAGCCCACGCCUGAGAGUCGGAGUCGGUGUGUGUGUCUGUGUGUGUGUCUGUGUCUCUGUGUGAUUGCCUGUGUGCUGUGCACGCAUUGUGCUGGUGCUUCCGAAUGUGGCGAUGAUGCACUUGCAUCGCAUCGUGACGCCUCGGAGCGGGACGGCUCUCCGACACGACGAAUCAAAAGAAACGAUUUUAUUUUAUUUUUGUUUUUAACUGUCCCAUUUUGGCACCGCGGCGUUUGGCAGCUGCCCGGCGCGUCUUCGGCCGUCUGGAAAUUCCCCGCUGCUUUCUGGCCUGAUCUAGAUAUGCGACGAGUGCUGGCAAAUGUUGUAAUAAAAAAGAAAAAAUGUUACCAAUAUAAAAUAAAACCACGAGAUGCUACGCCAUUUUCUUCCACAUCGCCAACCUAUGGAAAUAUACUACUUUUCCACUGUACAGGCAAUUCGUUUUCAUUUGAAAAGUUAUGUCGGUCAGAAGCAAAACGUACCAUUAGCCGCACUGUACUGGAAACUCGUUUUCCUCUCAGACAUUGUUUGCCAGUGUGUCAGACACAAAACGUGAUGAUGCCGCGCCCUAUUCCAAGGGGUCGCCGAUAAAUGACGUCGUCGGCGGUGCCAGAACGAGGGCACGCCAGGACCAGGUUGAUUAUCCGCGACCGAUUCGCAGCACCGUUGGAGAGAAAUCACGCAUCUUCGAUCUCGCCGGUGACUCUUCAGACUCUCCCGAGGCCCCGCUGGGGUUCCCUCGGGAUCCCCGCGGACG